AUGUGUUCUCCGAAGCCUCUGAAGAGUAUGGUAGAACAGGAAAUGGAGGUGCUGAAAAGCAUUUACGGCGAUGAACUUGUGAUUGAGGAGACUCCAGAUUCAGCCGAUUCACAAGCUGUACUGAAUCUGAGGAUACAGCCAUCAGUGCAAGAUCGCACCUGUGCACCUAGUAUUCGAGCCGUUAUCGAAUUGCCGCAUCAAUAUCCGGACGUUGCACCGAGAGUUCACUUUCAAUUGCCGCGUGGUGUAGAUGAAGAAAAUUUGAAUACUUUACGGGAUAGGAUCAGCGAAUUUCUUCGCGAACAUCUUGGCGUAACUAUCGUUUUUGAUGUUUUUGAGAUGAUUCGAGAUUUUUUGGCUACACAACAAAGCAUUCCAUGUGCAGUUUGUCCAAUAUGUUUGAGGAAAUUUAGUGAGGCAGUGGCCAGUGUUUGUACUUCCACAUGUGACCAUUAUUUUCAUCACCAGUGCUUGGUUGAACAUAUCGAACAGUCCAAAAAACAGAUCCAGGAUUGGCUACGGCAAAUGCCUGACAUGUUACAUUCAAAAAUUGAUAGGGUUCGUAUAUCUCCGGUUUCCGUCAUUCAUCUGUUCAUCCGUUGUUCAUUGACUGAUUGA